AUCUACACUUCACCAGGUGUCGCAUCCAUCGGACUCGCACUGUCGUGUUUGCCAUAGAGGCAUACGUAAUCAGUAAUCAUCAUGAUGUCUUUAACGUGUUUGCAAAAUCAGCUGUUACCCCUGUCGCAAAUAUUCGGAACAUUUAGUAGUCGACAAAAAGUUCCUUCGUCAAUAAGGGUUUUCAACAAAACUAAGAAUUCCGAUCCAUACAUUGUAGAGGGUAUUCGUCCGGAUAAUCUUAGCCCAGUUUGUAAUGUGUUUGCUGCUUUGUCACAUCAAGAUGUAAACAAUCUACUUGAACAAAUUUCCCCAGUGUAUCAACAGUGUAGAGCAAGACCUGUUUCUUUCUCUCAAAGUGAUGUAUCUGCCAACACUUUCUUAGAGAACAAGCAAGGUUUUCAAGAUAACUUAAAUCAUCAUCCAUUGACAUUGUUUUUUCAAAUUCGUACCUUCAAAACCUAUCGAAGUGGUGAUGUGAAUAUACAAAAGUCAUCUGUCACUGAGCGACUUAGGUCUAAACUCCAAGGUAGUGAUGUUAAACGACUUGCUCUGGGGAAUGUUCAUGACAUGACAGCUAGAGAUAUCAAAGCUCUACUGGGUAAUGAAAAAUUGGGAAGUGAAGAACAAUCAAGACUAAAGGUGGCUUUUGCUGAAGGUUAUUUAGCUGCUGACCCCAAAAAGAAUCCUAGCAGAGCCAUGAGAGCUUUAAAAAUUACUCAGUACAUUUUAAGUGUGCUCAUUUUUGCUGCGAUUCUUUUUACAUUCAUGGGCACAUUUGGUGGAAGUUCUGUGUUCAGAGUAUCAGUUGGAAAUGGAAGUGAAGUCGCUCCUGAAGAAAUCAACGUUACUUUUGAAGACGUUAAAGGAGUAGAAGAGGCUAAACAAGAGCUAAAGGAAAUUGUAGAAUUCUUGAAAAAUCCAGAGAAGUUCUCUACACUUGGUGGAAAGUUACCAAAGGGUGUUUUGCUAGUUGGCCCACCCGGGACUGGUAAAACGCUACUCGCUCGUGCGGUAGCAGGAGAAGCUGGAGUUCCAUAUUUCCAUGCCGCUGGACCAGAAUUUGAUGAAAUUUUGGUCGGACAAGGCGCUCGUCGCGUCAGAGAUCUAUUCAAGGCGGCUAAAAUGCGCGCUCCGUGCGUAAUUUUUAUUGACGAAAUAGAUUCCGUUGGAGCUAAAAGAUCAAGUUCUGUUCUUCAUCCAUACGCUAAUCAGACAAUCAAUCAGCUUUUAGCUGAAAUGGAUGGAUUUCAUCAGAACGAAGGUGUAAUUGUUUUGGGAGCGACAAAUCGUCGUGACGAUUUGGAUAAAGCACUCCUUCGUCCCGGACGAUUCGACGUCGAAGUUCAAGUUCCCGUUCCUGACUUCGCUGGUCGCAAAGAAAUUCUUUUACACUAUUUAAGUAAAGUUAAAUUAGCUGAUGAUGUCGACGUCGAACUGUUGGCUCGAGGAACUACUGGAUUCACCGGAGCAGACAUUGAAAAUCUCGUUAAUCAAGCCGCAGUACGUGGUGCAAUAGAUGGAGUCCCCGCCGUCACAACCAAGUAUCUUGAACAAGCAAGAGAUAAAGUUCUUAUGGGCCCCGAGAGGAAGUCGAGAAUACCUGAUGAGGAAGCCAAUUUGAUCACUGCUUAUCACGAGGGAGGCCACACUAUUGUUGCUCAUUACACGCAAGACGCUCAUCCGUUGCAUAAGGUUACCAUCAUCCCGCGUGGCCCAUCGUUAGGACAUACUGCUUACAUCCCGGAGAAGGAGCGAUAUCACGUUACACGAUCUCAGUUGCUUGCCAUGAUGGAUGUAGCCAUGGGUGGAAGAGCUGCUGAGGAGCUCAUCUUUGGUCACGAAAAAAUCACGUCUGGUGCAUCGAGCGAUCUGAAACAAGCCACGUCCAUUGCGAUGCACAUGGUCAAAGAAUGGGGAAUGUCCGAAAAGGUGGGAUUUCGUACCAUUGAACAAAACAACGGUUCCUUAGUGAUCGUCAAUGACCUUAGUCCGCAAACGGCUGAACUAAUUGAUUCAGAAAUUAAACGGAUUCUUCAGGAGUCGUAUGAUAGAGCCAAGGCUAUUCUUAAGGAACACAAAGAGGAACACAAAAUGUUAGCAGAAGCUUUACUGAAGUACGAAACUCUAGACGCUGAUGAUGUUAAGUCAAUAUUGACAUCGAAGAAAACUUCCUGAUUUACAUUUCUUUAAACAACUUCUUGCUUAUAACAAAGACAGUUCUAUGAUUCAUCUCUACCGAGAAAAUACACUCGACGAUUAGCCAAAUGAA